UGACCAGGUGAUCACAGUCACUGCAGUCAGUCAGACACGGCGGAGGAAACUUGUGACUGGAAACAAAAGGGCAGCAGGGAUUAAAAUCCGGUCUGCAGAGACCCCUCGGUCCUCCUCUCAGUGUCCUCCUCUCCAGCAGACGACAUGGACUGCGGAAUCGCCACGUCCAAGUCCAUCCUCCUCUUCCUCAGCCUGGUGUUUUGGGCUGCAGGCGCAGCGCUGGCCUAUGUUGGCGCCUAUGUGAUCAAGAGCUAUGGCAGCUUUGAGAACUUCAUCCAGGACAAGUACACGCUGGUCCCGGCGGCCAUCAUCAUCGGCAUCAGCGUGGUGAUGUUCAUCAUUGGUCUGGUGGGAUGCUGCUCCACAAUCCGCGAGUCCAAGCUGGGCCUCAGCUUUUUCUUUUGUAUCAUCAUGGUGAUCUUCGCGGCUGAGGUGACUGCUUUGGUAUUCAACUUCAUCUACCAGAACAGGUUGGGCCAAGGCAUUGACCGCUCGAUGAAUGACGUCUUCAAUAAGUAUGGAGAUGGAGAGGCAACUGCAGCUGUGGACAUCCUGCAGGCUGAGCUGAAGUGUUGCGGCGUCAGCAACUACACCAGCUGGACCAACACCUCCUGGUUCAGACAGCACAACAACACAGUUCCUCUGUCCUGCUGUAAGGAGAAAAACUCCACGUGCACAGGAAGCCUCAGCCAGCCGGACCUGCUCUAUCAGGAGGGUUGUGAGGUCAGUCUGGUGAGAUUCCUGCAUGAUGUGCUGCGUUACGCCAUGCUGGUCGUUCUCGGCUUUGCCAUCAUCAAGUUCUUCGGGAUGCUGAGCGUGUGUGUGAUCACCUGCAGGAGUGACAGGACGGGAUACGAGCCUCUAUAUGCCUGAACCACUUCUUUCUCACCUGCUGGGUUUGCUGAUUGUAUUAUAAAGAAACCUCCAAUCAUUGUACCUAUCAAAGAUUCAUUCACAAAAUCAGGGAAGACUUUGGCUUUAUCUAUUGGAGAUCAUACCGGGUGUUUCUUCAGUCAAAUCAACAUAAAUCACCUUAGAUUCAAUAAACCACUUUGAGAAAUAGACACAGCCUUCAAAUUUUCAUUUCUAUUUAAUUAUCCGUCAGAAGAUAAUUUUAUGACAGACAUGUAUGUUAAUGCAAAAUGUUGUUCCUAUGAGGUUGUUCUGGAGUGACACUUUCAGAAUAAUUGAUUACUAAUGGAUCACCUUUUGGAUUUCGGAUCGCGCUGAGCUGGAGUCUUAUUUUGUUCUUUUCUAUUGUAGACUGUGAAGAGCUGACAAGAUAUGAAAAAAGAGAAAAGAUCACAGUGAACGGCUCACAGCUGCACCGUGUCUUACAGUGGACAUUAUACAGUGAAAUCUACUUAAUGAAAUAAUUCCACACUGCUUUUUUUUUUUUUUUUUGAAUAGAAACACAACCAUUUAACACCACAUUUAGGGUUGCAAUAUUUAUAUCCAACUGUAAUUUUAUGGUCAGUUAAACUGUGCUGAGCUGUAGUUUGACAUUUUGUCUUGUUUAUUAUAUUUCUAAAUUAAAAGUGAAAUUUUCACAAUUA